AUGGAUAACUAUCAGAGAAUAGAAAAAGUCGGAGAAGGUACCUAUGGUGUCGUCUACAAAGCCCGCGACUUGGGCCACAGCGGUCGCAUCGUCGCCCUCAAAAAGAUUCGUCUCGAGACCGAAGACGAGGGUGUCCCCAGCACCGCCAUCCGCGAGAUUUCCGUCUUGAGAGAGCUCAACCAUGCAAAUGUCGUCAGCCUCUUGAAUAUUGUCCAUGCAGACGGACACAAGCUCUACCUCGUCAUGGAAUUUCUCGACCUGGAUCUCAAAAAGUACAUGGACUCCCUGCCCGUCACCGACGGAGGUCGCGGGAAGCCCCUGCCCACUGGAACCGCCACCGUCAUCCGCAAUCUGGGAAUGAGCGACAAGGUCGUCGAAAAGUUCAUGCUCGAUUUGUGCCAGGGAAUUAAAUACUGUCACUCGCGUCGCAUAUUGCAUCGCGACCUGAAGCCCCAGAACCUGCUUAUUGACAAGGAAGGAAACCUCAAGUUGGCUGAUUUCGGUCUGGCUAGAGCCUUUGGUGUUCCCUUGAGAAGCUAUACGCACGAGGUUGUCACUCUCUGGUACCGCGCUCCCGAGGUCUUGCUUGGUGGACGACAGUACUCCACUGGUGUCGAUAUGUGGUCUGUCGGAACCAUCUUCGCCGAGAUGUGCUCCCGAAAACCUCUUUUCCCCGGCGAUUCGGAGAUUGACGAAAUCUUCAAGAUCUUCCGAACCCUCGGAACACCCGAUGAAGACGCAUGGCCCGGUGUCACUGCCUAUCCUGACUUCAAGCCCUCUUUCCCCAAGUGGCAACGUGACUUUUCCACUCCCUUGUGCCCCAACUUGAACGAACAGGGUCUCGAGCUACUCGACUACCUACUCAUCUGCGACCCUGUUACUCGUAUUUCUGCCAAGGCAGCCCUGAACCACCCCUACUUUGACGACAUUCUUGGACGCAAGGAAGAAGAAUAA